UGCUGCUCAAAUCCCUCGAUGUAAAGGACUUGAUGGACUUUGACUUUAUGGAUCCACCGCCGCAAGAAACCAUGCUCACAUCCCUCUUCGAUUUAUGGGCACUCGGUGCGCUUUCUAAUACCGGAGAUUUGACGCAGCUCGGUUCUCGCAUGGCAGUAUUCCCGAUGGAGCCAAGCAUGUCAAAGCUCAUCAUCAUGUCGGAGCAGUAUGGAUGUAUGGAUGAAAUGCUGACCAUCGUUUCUAUGCUGUCGAUUCCAAGCGUCUUUUAUCGACCAAAAGAGCGAGCCGAAGAAUCUGAUGCAGCUCGAGAGAAGUUCAGCGUGCCAGAAUCGGAUCAUCUGACACUGCUCUACAUAUUCCAACAGUGGAAGGCACAAAAGUACUCUGAAGCGUGGUGCACAAAGCACUUCUUACACGCCAAGUCUCUUAGGCGAGCUAGGGAGAUUCGCAUGCAGCUGCAAGAUAUCUGCCAGAAGCAACGCAUGCGCCAGAGCAGUGCAGGUUCCGAUUGGGAUUUGAUUCGCAAGUGCAUUUGCUCUGGUUACUUUCAUCAAGCAGCUAGGCUGCGUGGUGUGGCAGAGUACUCUAAUCUGCGUUCUGGCAUGGUCAGCGCUGUGCACCCGACGUCUGCCCUCUAUGGCUUGGGCUACCUGCCUGAAUUUGUGGUCUACCAUCAGAUCAUGCUGACUAGCAAGACGUACAUGUCGACAGUCACGGCAGUGGAUCCAUACUGGCUUGCUGAACUGGGUGGUGUUUUCUACAGCAUCAAGGAAAAGGGGCAAUCGAAGAAAGCGACGGAGCAUCUGAUGAACAAGCAGAUGGAGCUCGAGGCUGACUUGGCGAGGGCCCGGCAAGUGGAGCCUGUUGAGGAGGUGAAGAAGCAGACGACACGGCUUGCGACGCCAGGUAUGCGGCUUGCUCGCCCGCCCAGUGUGGUACGACCAGGCAGCAGUGUGGUACGUCCUGGGAGCAGCGUCGUUCGUCCUGGGAGCAGCGUGCGAGGUCAAAGACGGCAAACUCCCCGCCAUAAUUAAUCAGCGCCUUCCUCGGAAUACCUACAUCAAGAAUUUCUCAUACUGCCAAAGUGUUGUCUCCUCUGCUCGCCUUGCUAAGCGUGAGCACAUUUGUGCGGCUCGUCACUUAUGUCGCCGAAUCAUUGCCCACGAAAACACCGCGUCUAGCGAAACAUAGCCAACAUGGCGCCGUCGCGACUGAAGUACAAGAAUGUUCCGAUAUUGGCACUGCUAUGCUCGAACGCGGCGGUAAUGCAGCAGAUGCAAUGAUUGCCAGUGUAUUGUGCGUCGGCGUUAUGGUACCCUGGCACUGUGGAGCUGGCGGCGGCGGCUUUGCACUUGUGCGAUCACCAAAAGGCGACUACGAGUCUAUCAAUUUUCGGGAAGCAGCGCCGGCGCUAGCAUCGGAGAAUAUGUACGUUCAUGA